GGCGGCCCUCUCUUGCUCCCCCCCCCCCCCCGUUACCCCCUACCCCGACACCGCACUCGGGGUGAUUUCUCGUUCGCGAGUCGCGGGGCCUCUCCCGCACCCGUGUCGCCUGCGGGGACGGCGCGCCUAGGAUGAGCGCAGGCGGUCGCCGCUCGUGAGGAUGGAGAGUUUUUUCCAGGCGGCUGCGUGCGCUCUGGACAAAGUCCUCGACGACUUUGAGCAGACAGAGGAUGACGUGGAUUAUUUUGGGCUCGUGCCCGCCGCCCGCGGCUCCGAGAUGUUCUCGAGCCAGGACGGCACCCGGCGUGCCGGACUCGCUGCCCCAGAGCCGCUGCCACCGCCACCAUGCCCGCUGCCCGUUGGCACGGACGUGCUCUCGGAGAAGCGCUCCUCUCUGUCCGCGCUGAUCUCGCCUCCGUUGGCGCCGUUGGUGGAUGGGCGGGGCGGUGAGCGCGAUCGCCCCUUCCUGAGCUUGCCCUCGAACUUCAUUGCGGAGAAACCGGGGUCGCCGCCUUCCCAAUCGUUUUCGUCGUCGGCGUCUUCGGUGGAAUCGCCUCUUCCUUCGCCGUCUUUCCCCAUGCACCCACCCGCCGCCGCCCCCGGUUCGCCGGCGUCGCCACCGGAAAAUCUGCCUUCAACGUCGCCGCCGUCGCGGGUGGCAUCUCCGUGGGCCUCCCUACCCACCGACGAUGCUCGCGGUACCGCUUCGAUCGAUCCUUUUGCGACAACGCGUCGCUCGGACCUUGCCGACGCUCUCGACGUGGGCCUCGUCUCCCCGGCCGUGACCUCGUCGGACGAGACCGUGACGCCGUCGUCCCCGCGCUCGUCGCAACAGCCGCAGUUCACGCGACAUUUUGAGGCGGCGCGGCUGCAAGAUUGUUUGGCUGCCGGCGGCGGAGAAGAUGAAAGUGCGGCGCACAAUGCGUAUCGGCCACCGCUGGUGACGUUCGACCUCCUGUCGGCGGGCCCCGGUGCCGAGACGCUGGCCCCGCAGCGCGGGCCGCCGCUCUGCGACCUGCUGUCGGGGACGCACGACAACGAGCAGCGGCCGCGCGACGCCAUCGCGGCGGAUACGUCUCCUGCGAGCGACGUGGACCGAACGCCGUUCAGAGGAGGCCGGGCGGAGGGCGGGGAAACGAACGGGGAUGGAAGCUGCUCGAUGAGCGUGGGAGGUGAGCGGCUUGCUGUGGUGUGCGUGGCGGAUGAACCACGGUCACCUGACCGGGACCUCUCGGACGAGACGUGGCGGAACUCGGGCUCGGCGGCUGAAAUGUCGUCGGAAAACGACGCGAGCGCGAUGUUCGAGGCGGAAAGCGCGCGAGCCGAUGCGUCCCGGGACGACUCUCCGGAGCCACCCCUCUCCGCAGAGGCUCUUGCUGCAACCGGAGUGGAAAUGUUUGCAGAGGGCGGUGAGUUUGACGACGCUGAUAGGAGUUGCGGCGAGGGCGAGAAUAGCGGUGGCGGUGUUGCCAUCGAUCAGCCAACAGCGCUGGACGAUUGCCGUCGGGGGAUGGACUCGGAGGCGAGCGAACCCUCAAGCGAGCCGCCCGCCGGGGACUCCCUGCGGCACUGGCCGCCCAUCCCCGGAGACGGCGCCGAUGUCGUCCGACCGCCGCUCUAUCGCGGCGCCGAGCAGGAGGUGCUGCCCUCGCUCGUCAACGAAGAGGAGGUCUCUACACCCACCCUCGGCACCGAGGAGCCGAAGAAGGUGCGGGAGGAGUUUCUGGAGGAGUUGGAGGAGCGAGAGGAGGAGCCGGGAGCAAGCGUCACGGUGAAGGAGGAGGAGGGCACUGCCCCGCGAACUAAUGGAGCUGCGGACGUGUCGGAGAGCGAUGCCGAGCUGGAGGCCUUCCUGAGCUCGCUCGAGGCCAGCGCUGACUCCCCCCCGGCUUCCCCGGCCCCCUCCCUCAAGGAGGACCGCGUGACCGAGGAGAAGGAGGUGGAGGACAGCAAGUCGGACACGAGCGGCGACAGCGUUUCCCCGCUGCGCGGCGGCGGAGCUGACUCCGGCUCCCCUGCCAUGGCGCCUCUGCUGCCUCGUCACGCGGCGCCAGCGCACAACGGCACCGAUACGCCGGGGGCUGCACGGCCCCCGCCGGGCGGCGCUCGCCCCAAGCAGCCGCUCCGCCUGCAGCUGCCGCGGCCGGCGAGCAACCUCCUGGGCAGCCGCGAGGAGGCCGACGGGCGCGAGCCACCCGAGGCCCACGCGGCGCCCUCCUCCGCCACGGAGAACCACGUGACGGCAAUGGCGCCGGCCGGGGAGGGGGAGGACGAUGAGGACGAGGAGACGACGCAGGAAGAGGAGGAGGAAGAGGAGCGGGCGUGGUCGCACGGCCCCGGCGGUGCCAGCAGGGCCCGGGCGGGAGGGGAGCGCCCGGCGGGGGGCACCCAGGGAAGGGAGGGCCCCGGGAUGAGCGCUCCCAUGUGGGUGCCCGACGCCGAGGCGCCCAACUGCAUGCGGUGCACGACACGGUUCACCUUCACGCGCCGACGACACCACUGCCGCGCGUGUGGCAAGGUGUUCUGUGCCCCGUGCUGCUCGCAGAAGAGCCGGCUGAGGUACAUGGAGAACAAGGAGGCUCGCGUGUGCAUUCGCUGCCACACUCACAUCGACAAAGCAGCCGAGGCGGUGGACAGAAUGGUUGCCCUGGCGCCAUCUCCGCCGCCGGCGCCGCCGUCACCGACAUCGAUGUCGGCGCCGCCCAGCGGGAGCCCCAACCCCAACAACCCGGCCGAGUACUGCUCCACGCUGCCGCCCCUGCAGCAGGCCCGCGCCGCCGGCACCCUGGCCUCGCCGCCACCCACCGUCAUGGUGCCCGUGUCGGCGCUCAAGCACCCGGGACAGGACGGGUCCCAGCGGGAGCCGAGACGCGUGUGGUUUGCUGAUGGAAUCCUGCCCAACGGAGAGGUGGCAGACGCCGCGAUCCUGUCGGGCACACCGGGGACGCCCGUGCCGGGGUCCUCACCGCCACCCACCCCUCCACCUGCUGCUGCUGCAGCAGCCCAGGACCUUGGAUUGCCCGUAUCGCUCAGUGAGCCGGAGCCGCUCCCGCCAACGGUGGCCCCUGCGGUCCCCGUGACCGCCGUGGUCCCCAUGGUCCCCGCGGCCCUUGCGGCCUCGUUGGGCCCUCCGGCAGCUCCCGGAGGAGGUCACCGUGUCCUCCCGGCGCCCACGGGCAGCCCUGUGGGAAAGGGUCUGAACCUCAUCCCGGACGACGACGAGGGACUGCCCCCCAUCCUCAUCUCAUCCGGCGUCAAAGGAGACUACUCGGUGGAGGAGAGGCCAUCGCCGGGCCUCCUCGUCGCCGUGCUGGAAGAGGCGGAGACCCGAGGAGGAGGAGGGGCGGACGCCACUCCCGUCGUGUUUGUGCUCAACGCUAAUCUGCUGGUCUCCCUGAGGAUCAUCAACUAUGUGAACCGGCGGUGCUGGGUGUUUGCGACGCGGGGCAUGCACGCGGUGGGGCAGGCCGAGGUGGUGGUGCUGCUGCAGUGUCUGCCCGACGAGAAGACCGUCCCCAAGGAUGUCUUCCACUCGCUGCUGCAUGUCUACACGGACGCCUACAAGGGCAAGCCGGUGGGACACCUGGGCCACUCGUUCCUGGGCCGUGGCUUCCUGGGCAGCCGCGAGCAUGGAGGCUUCCUGUUCGUGUCGCCGGCCAUGCAGGCGCUGCCCGCGUGCGAGCUGCCCCCGCAGCCGCUGCUCUUCGCGCUGCUCAUCCAGAAGUGGGAGGCUCCCUGGGCCAAGGUCUUCCCCAUCCGUCUGAUGCUACGGCUUGGGGCAGAGUUCAGAUUCUACCCCUGCCCCUUGUUCAGCGUGCGGUUCCGGAAGCCGCUGUUCGGAGAGACCGGGCACACCAUCAUGAACCUACUGGCGGACUUCAGAAACUAUCAGUACAGCCUGCCCACCGUGCCGGGCCUCGUCGUGAGCAUGGAGAUGGGCCACACCUGGAUCGACAUCCCCAGCAACCGCUACAACCAGAUGGUGAAAGUGCUGAACGGCGCCAACGAGCACGUGCUGGCGUUCGGUGCCGUCUUCAACUCCGCCGCCGACUCGCACUUGGUGUGCGUCCAGAACGACGACGGCAACUACCAGACGCAGGCCAUCAACAUCCACGCGACGCCGCGAAAAGUGACGGGAGCCAGCUUCGUGGUGUUUAACGGUGCCCUGAAGUCUUCCUCGGGGUUCCUGGCCAAGUCGAGCAUCGUGGAGGACGGGCUCAUGGUGCAGAUCACGGCGGAGGGGAUGGAGGCGCUGCGCUCGGCGCUGCGUGAGAUGCGCGACCACACGCUGGUGUGCGGCCGUGCCGACGGGGAGCCUCCUCGCGAACACGUGCACGCACGCUGGGUCGCCGACGACGCCGCCUUCAACCGCGGGGUAACGAGCCCCAUCGAUGGGCGCUCCAUGGAGGGAGUUCCCAGCGUCAAGAUCUUCCAGGGGUCAGAGUUCAAAGGCAGCGGGAAGAUCAUCAGGUGGACGGAGGUGUUCUUCCUGCAGAAGGAGGAGGAAGGCGUCGGUGAGGGCGGGAGUCGGGAGGGCGGUACGUCGACCUUCGACCCCGCGGACCACAGCCGCGUGGCGGAGGCGGUGGCGCGCGCGUUUUGCGUGGCGCUGGCACCUCGCCUCAAGGAGCUGCGCGAGGAUGGACUCACGCAGCUGGGGCUACGCCUCACCCUGCACUCUGAGCAGGUCGGUUACCAGGCCGGAGGAAACGGGCAGCCGCUCCCCGUGCAGUACAUGAACGAGCUGGACUGCGCGCUCAUACCCAUAAUGCACGGCGGUGGAGGAGGGGGCGGCCCGGGCGAUGGCGCCGUGCGCAUGGAGCUCGUCUUCUCCAUCAUGGAGAACGUCUCCUAGCGACUCAGCGGACCGUCGCCGGCACGAGGCUGCUGUUGCUGUGGCGACGGCGACGAAGCGGCGCUCCGCGAAAACCGAGUUGCUGCCACUGCGCCUCCGUCCAUUUUGAUGCUGCGAGGGUCCUUGCGAAUUGAACGGAUGUCAUAUAUUUUCGAACGAGCCACGCUCGUUAGCGGCCCGUGUCUUUCUCUAUUUCGUUAUUUUUCAAGCCGCUUUGAUUUCUACCAAAAAAAAACGUCUCGACGUCCAGUUGCCGAUUGUGCCGGGAAGAACUGUCCGAGAGUGAACUGUGCAUUUUCACUUUGUACGCAUGAGUGUAAUUUUACGGUGGGGACUUCGGAACGUGCGCACGCACGUGGACACGCGGACGCUCGGGACGCGAGGAGAGCGCCGCUCACCAGAACUUGGAACAACGGCAGCCCCGCCCGCUUGGCAUGGGCACCGCACCACUCCCGCCAGCGCCAGUCGACAGCAGACGCACCGAGACGGUCGUACAAAACAUACCAGGCCUCAACUGACACACGCAACGCACCCAUAGCACAUCCUUUCUCCCGCGGUUCAGCCUCCUCUCACUGAUGAAAUGCAUUUACAGCAAAACCAUUUAAAAGGUCUCAGCACUGAUGAUACCCAGUCGGCGCUAUUGGAAUCGCGUUCUGAUAUGGAAAAAAUGUCCUCACACAAAUGGUCAGCAGAGCUCCACCUCGUCACUCGAAGCGUCGCCGUUUCCCAACGUGGGGCGUCUCGCCUGGAUACUCUUGUAAAGAGUGGUCCACACAUCGCUCACCUUAUUUUAUUUCAGCCCUCGGAAUUGAGAAGAGUCUAGUUUAUUACGAGAUAUAUUUGCGCACGCGUAUUAGCGACCUGGGUUAAGACGAUCAGCUCACUACACUCAAAUGUUUGGUUUCAUCAGGACCGGCCACCUAGAUUUGCACCCAUGUUUAAUCGGUGCAGGCUCAUCGACCGACAUGGCCAUUACGAAUCCCCUUAGCCACGCAGCCGCCCCUCGGCAGUGCCUUGUGCUGUCAUUGAAGCCCAGUCGCUCUCCUUUAUUUAUCUGGGCAAGAGCCCAACGAGGCUGGCUGGCAAGCUAAAUUGAUAUUUAACUUGCAAAGGAGACCUGGAAACAAUACGUCUGAAAUUUUAUCGGCUCUGAGCUCAGUGAAGCCAACAGCUGUCUUGACUAGUUGCGCACUACCAGUUUUUUAAAAAUAUUUAUAAUUGGCAGGUUAUUCAAAAGUUUGGGGUUUAUUCCGCAGUAUUUAACACCCUCUUUACUCAGAGCACUUUAAUAAGAAUCAUGAUAAUAAUUUGAUGCUAAAGUUACCGGGAGAUUGCCGUGGGAAUAAAACCAUUGUGUCCACGCAAAGUGGCUCGGUGGCGAGCGUGCUGGCCACUCGGGCUGCUCGCGGACUCGGGCUCCCUGCCUUCCUCGUCGAUACUUUGAGCGGUGUCCCGGCCUCAAUUUGCGCAGGAAUCCAGUGAAAGUGGGCAUUCUGCAUACCACAUAAAAUGCAUUACGCUGACACCAACUAAUUUUGUGUUAUAAUCAGCGGGGCUUUCUUGUUCACAAUGUUAGUGUGUGGACCACGCCUGAAAAGCCACCAGUCGGAAUGCUGCUGCUGCUCGUUCUCAUUCGCCGACUUUAUUCAACAGAACCACGACCCUCUCAAUGCGGCAGCCAUUGCUAGACUCGCAUCAUCGAACGCGACUCGCGAUCGCGUGCGAUGAGCGUGGCGCCGUCGUCAUCCAGGUUGACGAGCAAGUGGAGGGUCCGGAGGGAGAGGCCUAAGCACUGUCGACCUGAGCGUCGAAACACUAAAUCCUGUUGUAUGAAUUGUAAAAAAACAAAAAAGUGCACGUUAAAAACACUGGGGCUUGCUUUAAAAAGCGUUGAUGUGAAUUUUUUGCCGGAACGUGAUUCGCUCGCACGUGACCGCUUUUCAUCGUGAGUCGCAGCAUUGAGGCGGCUGCCCCAUUGGCAGGCGCUUUCCAGUUGGCAGCGUCGCUCGGCAACAGGUUGCAGGUUGUCACCGGCUGUCACCGGCGCUGUGGCAGCCGCACGAAGUCUUGACGAGCAAUGUUGGCGUGCAGCCCCUCCACCACCCGCCCCCCCCAAUGCCUUGCUACUGUCAUUGAUCUCUCGUUUCGUAGGUUUACUCAGGAAAGUCUCGCUGAGUCGCUAGUUCUAACGGGCGUCGUAAUGUUUGGCCAAAUUCGUGGGAAGAAACCAGAGUGCCUCGAGAAAACCCGAGCGCAAAGAGGAGAGCGCUCAAACCCCAACAGACGUCCUUCCGGCACCUCAUCUGACCUUCGUGGAUGCCUCGCACAAACUCCCAUCGCUGCGGCAACCACCAACCCCACCUCCCACGUCGCGAGAUGAAAGUCCCCUCCCACCGCAUGUGGCUCUUCGGAUGAAGCUUUUGAUAUGCUCGCAAUAUCCGGUGCUAGUGUCUCGUGCAGGUUGAUGACACCGUGGAGCUAUGCACUUUUAAAUCUUGAUUGAAAACUCAUUUCUUCAGAACAGCUUUUUGUGUUUAGUUUCUUGUCCUUCCCCUGCACCUCCGAUUUGCACGGUUGGCUACGUACAGUGAGAAAGAGGUUCAACAUAAAGCACGUCGGAGCUCCAUCUUGCGAAGUGGGAGGUGGCUCUGUAUUUGUCGUAGCUCUUUAUGAAGGAGGGCACUGCCAUGUGCUCGGAUGGAUUGGUGUUAGAAUUAGGGCUGCCCAUUACUAUAACCAGUGGCACAGAUGUAAAUAAAUGUGUAUAAUGUCGACCAUACAGAGAUUGUUGGUAGUCUGUACCCGUAAAUGAACACGCAAAACAAAAUAUACCUGGGUUUUUAUUUAAUUUCGUUAUCAAAACUAUCUGUUGAAAGCUGUUUAAAAAAAAAAGGAUUGCUUAUUUACCUCUCAAAUCGUGGCACCCAUCGACGCGACAGUGAGCCGCCACGAGGCGUUUCACGUUCACCUCUGCGCUGGUGUCCCAUCGAGUAACGCAGCAGCUCCCGGCAUGCACCGUGCGUCGUGGUGUCAACCGGGCCUCAUGGGCUCCUCGCACCUCCCGAUGGGAAGCGAGACUGCCUUGGCUGUGACGGCGCCCGAGGACGCUGCCGCUGUGCGCCAGGGAGUCGUGUUGCUGUGGCUUUCGAUUAUCGUUCCUCGGUAACGACGCUCACAAGUCCACCGCGGAUUUGCACGGUUGACCGCGUACGGUGCGAAAGAAGCUCUACGUACGUACAAAGCCCAGAGAGCCCUGGGUUCGUGGUGGCUCCAAGGAAGGAGGCAAUGUGGGAAAUCGCUCCCCCCCCCUCGUUGACACCCAGAGAAAUGGGUAUUUUCAUUUACCACAGGAAACACAUUGGAUAUUUGUAGUUUACGUAGAACUCUAUUUAUUAAACAGCUUAACAUGUUGGGACCGCUGCCUCUCCAGGGGAGUUUCUAGAUCCGCCUCCUUCCUCGGUCGCCACCACCAAACAACAGCUUCAGUAUUUUUGGGUUACGCCUUCAAUGAGGCCGUGGUCUCUGCAUUGUCAUCAGCGCCUGCAUCCGGGAAGCCGAAUUAUGUGCACGGGUAUUCGGCUUUACUUCAGCCCAGACUUGCGCGAUUGGUUUUUUUUUUAAAGGGACACGAACCAAAUAAACAAUCCACUGCUUUAUAACCAUCCACUCCAGCGGCAACCCCAAAUGUCAAUUUCGGCUUUUGCAUUCUGGAGAAAUGAAAACCCAGUUGCUCUGUUGGCGCCUUGGCACGGGCAUCCAAACGAUCAAUUCCAUAUUACCCCUCAAAUGACAUCACUUUUCAUUCGGUGUUCUUUCAGGGUCGAGCUUUUACACAGUCGCUCCGUCGCUUUUGUUUCGGCUUUGUAUGCAGAGCAGUUCACGUGUCCAACUUCAUGAAGAAGCCCUUAAGAGGAUCUGCUUACCUGAGUGUAAACACCAAAAGCCCGAUGGUGGCAUGCCCAGUUACUUGUGGCUUGAUUGAGAUGUUGGUUUUUUUUGUUAUCGUUGGUUGGUGGGAGUCCAGGAUUCAAACCCAGGGCAAAGCGGCGCAGGGCCGCAGAGUUGUGACGCAGGGACUGUGAGGCGCAGGGCGUGAUGUGACGACGACCGAAAACCAUUUUAUCACUGCGCAGUCUUCCAUUACCGACGACGAUGUGAAGGAUUUGCAAGUGCCGACGAAUAAUGUAUACAAAUCAAUACUGUGUUGACGAUGUGGUUUUUGCACGAUCUCAUCUUCCUGCACCUUCUUUGGGCAGGGAAUGCGUGAAAUGUUUUUCAUUUACUCUUUACGACUUACAUCACCCUGCAGUCGUGUGGCCCAUUAGCCCCCCGUCCGUCCAUCCCACCACCUCCCAUCGGCAGCAACAGCAUUAUUUACAAGUAGCCUGGAGUCUGGAUCACCCUGGGGCGCUCACUCAUUGAGAACCUCGUUGAGACGGGCGGGAUCUCCGCAUGGCACGUGCCAGGCUGUGCGCUCCCUUCCCACAACUUGUACGAGUUUCGUUCACCAGGCGAGAGCCCGAUGAGAUUAUACGAGUGGGGAGGAGGGUGCUCGCAUAUCAGCCGGUUAGCUCCACAUCGAUGGUUAAUUGAUGGCAACAACUUGCUCAUUUCUAAGGAUGAGUUGCCAACGCAUCCUGCCAACUUUCCACGCGCACAUGAAAGAUCGCAUUAAUUGGCGAUACUCUGCGUUGGCAGUGGUGCACGAGCACAACGGACGCGCACCACACGCUCGUUAAUAUCGCUGCAUUAAAAGGAGAAAAAAUGGGAAACGUUUCGGGCAAUGGUCCUUCAAUCGGUGUGCUGUUAAGAAGGGCCAUGGUCCAGAACGUCGCCUGUUUUAUAUUAAGCACCCUAUUUGGUCGCGUGCGAUGCAGAUGAGACCAUGUGCCGCCGUUUUAGCUCGAGUCCCACAUGCGAAAGUGACCCACGGCCGAACUCUGAAGCAAUGUUCGCAUCCCUUUACAACUCUUGUCUAUGGGGCGUCUGGAAUAUUGCACUCACAUCUGGGUUCAUGGGAACACCGCGGUGAAUCUCAGUGGGUGCAUCCAUUGCACUGUCUCAGCUCUCGCGCGUCAUUCUCAUACCUGUCAACUCCUCAUCAGUGCCCUACCUUAUUACAGACUAAUUCAGACGGUGCCCUUAUAAAUCUCAACGUUCAUCCUACAAAGUCUCCAUCACAAGGGAGAAAAACGAACAAAUAAUAGAUACAACAUUGUUUUCCCGUAUUUAAACGGCCGUAUGGAUCUAAAAACUCAAUUCUCCUGCACAACAAUACGGAUAACCCGUGUGGGUUGACAUGGUGUCCAUUCUCGAGGAUCAGCUUUCGACCGUGCCAGGUAUCCACGCCCGCUGAGGCUAUCUCCAAGUCGCCAGCAAUGCACCAGACUUCGACAGAUUCUCGUAAAGCUAAGCGGGGAACAAGCAUGUUGCCAAUGGAGCUGCGGGGGCUCUGCUCUGGAUAGCACAGGGGUGGUGCAGACAACGCCAGCGUUGUACUGCACUAAUAUGAUCCCAGUCUCUGCUACCCUCACCUUUCCCCCCUUCAAUAGGCCACACUGAAACAGCGUGGUGAAGUAUGGUCAGACAACCCCCACAACCCACAUGGCAUAGGGAGAGCCUCAUCCAGCAGGGGGUUAACAAAAGGGCCGAUCAAAUGAUUGAUCCUGAUUGCAGAGGCAUAGCUGGGUAAGCACGGGACAUGGGACAAAUCAAACUUCCACACUCACGAUUUACACUGCCUAUAUAUAUAAAACAUCUAUAUACGGCUGACAUUGGCCCUAAAAGAAAAGGGCUUUGUGUAGUACCAGCCAACUCUCAAGGUUAACGUUUCGCCUUUAGCACAAGGCGCUGGUUGAGAUGCGUUGUAGAGCUUUGCAGUUCCUUUAAAAACGGGUGGCUUGACUUGUUGAAUCGCACUGCGGAAAUCAUCAGACUGGUGGCAUUGUGGUGGUAAUGGGUUUGCCUCGGUAGAAACCGACUCGCUGGCGAACGCGCUUUGGCUGCUCUCGUCAAAACUUACUCGUCACAGCGAAUGAUGACACCCCCCCCCCCCUUUAUCCCAGGCAUUGCAAUGUUUAUUUUAUCGUUCAAUAUAAAAGUGUCCGAUGGAGUUGUUUUUGUAGCAAUUGGCAUAAUCCACAGCGCACAGCAGCACAUGACAUUGACGCACACACACCUAGCAUCGUGGUAAAGUGUGCAGCCUGAAUGCAAUACAGAACUCCUCUUAUCCGCGGCCUGUAACCCUCUACUCAUUACCUGAGGCAGCUGUAGGCUCCAUGAAAGCACCUGUUUAUUAUCCCCCGGCCCGAUAUCCAUCCGCGGUUAUCCACGAUUUUGCCCAUAAUGCAUAGCGAUGGGGUCUCCUCAUACUCGUGAUUUUUUGUGGGGGAUUCAUCCUAUUGUCCACGGGUUAACCUCGAGUUAUGUACCCCGCAAAUGGGAGUCAAAUUGCAGAUAACCCCUCGGAUAAUUGUAUCCGCGAUAUCAGUCCCGAUAUUACCGCGGAUAAGAGGACUGUCAUGUUUCAGCGCGGCACUGCUCCAUGUGCAGCCUCAUGAGGCUGUAGUUGGGAACACAUUCAGGGUGUGGAACUUGGCACUGUUGGUCAUGGCCAGUUUGAAAAAAAUGUGGCCAGUCAUAUAUCUGGAAUUUAAUCACCAUGGGGUUUUGACAUCAGUGUCAAUGUCAAUAUACGUGAACAUGGUGGCUAGCUUUUUGUGGUGUAUAGUUUUCAUGAAAAUAUAUGUAAUGUCAGAGGGGAUGAUGCACACUUCUGAGCAGUUUUAACGAGUACAGUAUUCAUUGUUUUCACUUUGUGUUUUCAUUCUGAAAUUCUCAACAACAAGAAAAUUCCCUCCGCUGAAAUAUGUCUGAGCAGGACUGCACUUUCUUACCUAGAUAUCCUGCCAGUGUUUAGGUUGGAGCGUCUAGGAAAGCAAGGGGGGUGUGGGGUCUAUAGGCCGUUGAAACUAUCUGUCGCAAUUCAAAUGUGCUCCGUGGCAGUUUAGAAUAGUCCUCUGAUACUUAGCCCAUGCUUCCGCAAAAUACAAGACCGUAAUAUGAAAGGCUGCUAGGUUUAACUUCAGAAUAUCAUGAGCAGCAUUAUUAGGCGGGAACAGAACGAUGUGCAGCAGACACGCACUUUUUCCACAACAAAGACAGACGUGGGUGCUUGGAGCUAUGAUGGAGAAAACAGACUGCCGGCAAGAAAAUCAUUCUUAUGUCAUUGAGAUUCAAUUUCGAGAUCUAAGGGGAUGUUUUACAUGUUGGAAGUAUUCGUGUUAUAGAGCAAUUGGAAAACGUAAUUUUGCUUAUGGUGGGAUUUAUCUGUUGAUCAGGAUGACUCUGUCGCCAUCUGUCCAAUGGCAGGGCUUCUCCAACUAGCUCCAUCUUGUCCGAAUCUUGAUAUUAUUAACUUCACUGUGCC